AUGACCACGCUCGGAAGCCUGCGCUAUUCGCAAUCAUCUCAGAACAUCGACGAAAUUGAAGACCUUGCUCGAUACGCAGUCGAUGAGCACAACAGGAAACAGAAUGUGCAUCUGGAAUUCAAAAGGGUGGUGAACGCACAUGAAUAUAUAGUUGCUAUUAGGAGGCAUACUCUUACUAUUGAGGCUAUUGAUGCGGGUGAGGUGAAGACCUAUGAAGCCAAGGUCUGGGUGAAACCCUGGAUGAACUUCAAACAACUCAAAGACUUCAAGCUUGUUAGUCAUGCGCCAUCGUUUACCUCUGCAGAUCAUGGUGUCAAAAAAGAUGGCCAUAAGCUAGGAUGGCAAUCUGUGCCAAUACAUGAUCGUCAAGUUCAGGAUGCAGCGAGUCAUGCUAUCAAGACCAUCCAACAGAGGUCUAAUUCACAACCAUAUGAGCUUCAUGAGGUUGUUGAUGCAAAGGCUGAGGUGAAAGAUGAUUCUGCCAAGUUUAAUAUGCUCCUCAAGGUCAAGAGGGGAGACAAGGAAGAGAAGUUCAAGGUAGAAGUACACAAGAAUAACAAAGGCAGUUUCCAUCUAAAUCAGAUUGAACCACAUCAUUCCUAAUCCUUAUAUGAAGCUUGGAUACAUUAGCAAUAUAGGGCUAGAUGGCCCUUAAA